AUGGAGACGAAUCUGCCACAGCCCACUGAUACAACUGUCGGCCGUGCCGAGACCCCUCCAGUUCUGCUCAGACAGACGCCACAUCGUUCUUUAGCAGGUGCUUUGACGGGCACCCACGUUGCUCAAGCUAACUCGGCGAAGCGGCGACUAUAUGGGCCGACUUUGCUGCAAAGCCCACCAAGGCGUGGCCACUCAUCCAGGAUGGGUGAUGUCUUCAGUGACGCGAAGGCAAGUAUUUCAGUUCCCACCACCAGCAGAGUUCCCCGUGCUUCAGACAGCAUCCCGCUCCCACUGUGUCCUCGUCCGGCGAGUGCGUUCAACAAGGAAGGAUGGCAGGCGCAUCAAACAGGCCGGUCAGACGUGGGAGCAGAUCUGUAUCCCGUCUUGCCACAGGACGACGCCUUUCCCGUAUCCAAGCCAGGAACAAAAACGCCCAUGCCAAUUCCCGGCCUAGAGAAUGGACGACAGACGUUUCAGACGACAAGAUUCUACAGACAGGUCCAAGAAGCCCACUCGCGAUACCCAGGUUCACGGUUGUCGCCAGCACCGGGCGUGCCGCAGCACAGCUACUUCAACGGGCCACCAAAGAUUGCCAGCGCCCAGAUCGUCGCCAUGCACGACAUAGAGACGAUGCGAAAGCAGGAAGAGCUCAGUUCCUCAUCGGCCUCGUGGACGGGCGACUCCGAAUUCUACGUCCCACCACAAAGAGCCUUUGUGCUUCCAUCCCAGGAACGAAAAAGUAGCAUACCAGAGUGGCUCGAGAGGUUGCCUGCUGAACCCGAAGAAUUCGAAACGGAAGAGCUCAGCGGAGAAGACGAGAUCGUGCCUUUAAGCCCUCAUGUGGAAAUUGAGAGGGGAAGUAUGAGAAAGAGGAUGCGCGGGAAUGAAGGACGGAUCAGACGCUGCAGUUUGGUAGAGGAAAACAAGCAUGCCGCUGACGAGCAAGAGGACUGA